GUUUCAUUUAGAGUGCAAUUUGUAUACACAUUCAUCCCCUAAAAUAAUCUCUUAAGGAUUUGUUUCCUUUUUAUCUCUUCUUUAAGCUUUCGUUUCUCUCUCAAAUAUAAAGUUUCUUGGCCAUUUUUUAGUUUUAUUAUUCAUAUCUCAAUUCAAAAAGAUUCUUCCUUUUUGUUUUCCCUCAGAUAUUUCGUAAUUAGUUACUUCUAAAUCUUGAUUUUUGAGAGUUCAAUAAUUUUAGGUUCUUUGUUCUGAACGAAGACAAGUAAAGGCUUCUGGAGUGUCUUUCUUGUGUUUAGUCCGGUCUUAUACAUAACCAACCACUCCCAAGGAGCGGGAGGUUUGGGAUUGAUGAUAUCAUUUGCCAAGGAUCUAUGAUUUUCCAAUGUCAUGAAGAAGAGAGAGUUUGCUAAGUUUAAAGACUUAUGGAGACCGGUACAAGCAUUGACAAGAAUGGCUAUGAAGGAAUCAAGAACGGUUCGUGGUUUAGCCAGUUUCGUAAUGGCUACAAUCCAUGGAUGGCUAGAUAUGUAUACGGUCUGAUAUUCCUCUUGGCAAAUCUGUUGGCUUGGGCCUUGCGCGAUUAUGGCCGAGGUGCCUUGACCGAAAUGAGAAAAUUCAAGAAUUGUAAAGAAGGUGGAGAGUGUUUGGGGACGGAAGGAGUUUUACGAGUUAGCUUGGGAUGUUUUUUGUUCUAUUUUAUUAUGUUUCUUUCAACCGUUGGCACAUCAAAGACGCAGUCGUCCAGAGAUAAAUGGCAUUCAGGAUGGUGGUUUGCUAAGCUUUUCAUGUGGCUUGGCUUAACCAUCUUCCCUUUCUUGUUGCCUUCAUCCAUUAUUCAGCUUUACGGGGAGAUUGCCCAUUUUGGUGCGGGGGUCUUUCUUCUUAUUCAGCUCAUUAGUAUCAUUAGUUUCAUUACAUGGCUCAAUGAAUGUUUCCAAGCUCAAAAAGAUGCAGAAAGAUGCCAUGUCCAUGUGAUGCUACUAGCGACUACUGCGUACACCGUGUGCAUAUUAGGGGUUAUUUUGAUGUACAUUUGGUAUGUGCCUGAUCCAUCAUGCCUUCUUAACAUAUUUUUCAUCACAUGGACUUUGUUCCUCAUCCAACUCAUGACAAGUAUCUCUCUCCACCCCAAAAUAAAUGCUGGAUUCUUGACUCCAGCACUUAUGGGGCUUUAUGUUGUGUUUAUCUGCUGUGAGCCAGUAGGAGAAACUUGCAAUAGAAAAGCCGAAGGUUCUAGUAGAACAGACUGGCUUACCAUCAUAAGCUUUGUUGUUGCACUGCUUGCAAUGGUAAUCGCGACAUUCUCCACGGGAGUAGAUUCACAAUGUUUCCAGUUUAGAAAAGAUGAGAAUCAUGAGGAAGAUGCAAUUCCUUACGGAUACGGAUUCUUCCAUUUUGUGUUUGCUACCGGAGCAAUGUACUUUGCAAUGCUACUUGUUGGCUGGAACAUACACCAUUCCAUGAAAAAGUGGACCAUUGACGUUGGGUGGACAAGUACUUGGGUAAGGAUAGUAAACGAAUGGCUCGCGGUUGGUGUUUACAUUUGGAUGUUGGUGGCUCCAAUGGUACUGAAAAGUAGACAAACAACAUGAGAGAUCACUACAGAGAGAUUUUUGUCACCUCUCGUUUCAUCUCGGUAUUGUGGAUCUUGUCGAAAAAUAGAAUAGAAGAUUAAGAUUGGAUAACUGUGUGAAAUCAUCAUAUAUUUGUACUUAGAUUGUUUAGGAUCAAAGAAAGAUGGAAACAAAUAUAGCUAUAGAUUAGUA